CGAUGAUUUAGAGAAGGAUCCCGAUUACUCCGGUUCCGGGUUUGGACCUGAUGACGAGGACUCAUCCACCGAUCUACACCAAUCGCAUCGUGGAAUUAAUUCACAAACACAAUCGGGUAAACAUAAUACGAACGCCAAUAAUAACGACGACAACGACGAUCUCAUCACCAGUAGAACUCAUCAUCAAACGAAUAGUGGCACAAUCAUUGGCAGCAAUAGCGGCAGCAAUUCAGGCAUCAUCGGUGGCAAUAGUGGUAGCAACACUGGCCUCAAUACAAUUGCCACAACGACCAAACAAACGUCUUCAUCCACAAUCAUAAAUCAAAACACCCCCAUCACCACUUCCACAAGCUCUGCAACGGCGAGCAAAAAUCGCGGCUCAUCCUUAUACCCCAACCAAGUCCAACAAACCCACUUACCCGCAGCUCCCCAUUACCCUGCAGGCGGCGUCGCGCACACAGACGACGAAGACUUCGACCUGGGUGAGGGUGGUGAUGAUGACGACGCGAAACAGCAAAUUGGCGGCGGCGGUGGUGGCUUGUUUGCCGGCAGCGGUGAUGGCGGCUUCAUCGAUCACACUGAUGACGAUGAUGAUCAUACCGGUGAUGUGGAUGAGGACGAUCAAGAUCUGAUUGAACGUCCGCAUCAACGUCAACACGAAUUGGGCGCAGCAGCUGGCGGCAACAAGUCCACAUCGACCGACGACAACAACACCACUAGCAGUACCACAUCUUCCACCUCAUUCUCGACUACUACUAGUAGUAGCAGCAGCGACAGCAAUGAGCGCAAGAAAAUUUUGGGAGCUACGGGCGAUGAAGAUGAUGAUCAUUUUGGCGAGCAUGAAGAGGACGAAGACGAGGAUGAAUUCGAUGAAACUUACGAUGAGGACACCAAGGGCGAUGACGACGGUGACGACGAUGAUGUCGGCCAUGGACAUGACGAGGAUGAGAAUACCGAAAUAUACAUUGAUGGCACGGAGCCGAAUGCCAAGGGCGGCAGCGUCAGCCAGGAUAACGAACGUGGCAACACUAAUCAAGGUAACACCAUACACGAAUUGGAUACAAAUAACAUUAAUAGCCAGCCGACAGAUACUAAAGUGAUCGAACAUACCACAGGCAACGAAGUACUCAUCAUGAAUACCAGCGACGACGAUCGAACGGCGAGUUUCUUCGCACAGCCGGGCAUCUUGGCAGCUGUCAUCGGUGGCGCUGUUGUCGGCCUGCUUUGCGCCAUUCUCGUCGUCAUGUUCAUCGUUUAUCGCAUGCGGAAAAAGGACGAAGGCUCCUACGCACUCGAUGAACCAAAACGCUCGCCGGCGGUCAAUUCCUAUGCGAAAAACGCGAAUAAUCGAGAAUUUUAUGCCUGAGAUAAUUCCCAACGUUACUAGAGAGUAGAAAAGGUGAUGGUCGAGUAGAAGGGCGUUGAGCUGGAGUCAGGAAGAGGCAGAUGGAAAGCGCCGAAAGAGAAAAGCAGCAAUGGGAGAAGAAAGAGGAUAUAAAUAAAAAAUAAGCGAAUAAGUAAAUAGUGAAUAGUGAAACAAACAAACAAAUAAAAAAAAAACAAAGAAAGCAGCAGCAAAAUAAAUUAUAAAAAUGUAUGAAACUAAGGGAUAACAAAAAUGUAACCCUUUUGUUUUUGUAGAUUUUUGAAGAUUUUUAAUUGUAUGAAUUGCAGCAGAAUUUCGAGAUGAAUUGAGUUACACGUGGACACUAACACAACGUUGCUGUAUUUAAAGUGUAGGUAUAAAUAUGGGAGACGGCAAAUGCAGCAAAACAUAUGCAAAGGAUAAUAAUUGUUUUUUGAAAGGCAAAACAAAAACAACAACAAAAACAUUAAUGAACAUAAAUGCAUAACACAAUUACGUGUAAAGUUUUUUGUGAACUUAUAAAUUAAGUUGAAAGUUGGCGUUGAAGUUGAAGUUUUGUGGAUGGAAGUGAAUGUGAAAAGAGAAACAGUAGCAGAAAUGAAGUAAACAAGAAAAUGUUUUUUGUUUUCAUUCGUAACAAUUAAGUUAUUUAAAUUUAAGUAACGUAAACAAUAACCAAUUAGUUGCACAAGACAACAGCUACCACAAGAACAACAACAAAACAAAUUUCAAAGCAAAUGAGAGUACUGAAAAUAGAAGUAUUUAGCAAAAAAAAAACAAAAA